AUGCCUGGUCAACGCUCCUCUUCAAUCCAGGCUGCGCCUCGCAACAUGAGAGUCGUCACUUCGCAAGACCUCCUCUACACCAGUAUCACUGCUACUCUUUCCACCAAAACGAACCGCCCCUCAACUCCAGUCCAUCAUAUCCAAGAGGAUGACUAUACCGUACCUGCUCCUCCCCCACCCAGUCCUGUUAGCUUUAGGCCCGAACAUUGGACCACGUCUGGCCGCCGCUGA